AUGAACUACGUGGUGAGCGUCCCAUGGUCCAAAGUCAAAUACGACGAAGUUCUCCUCUGCUGGGAGAUGAACGGGGAGCCACUCCCAGCCAUUCACGGCUAUCCGGUGAGAAUCAUGGUGCUGGGGUAUAUUGGUGCUCGAAGCGUGAAAUGGGUGUACAGGAUCAAGGCUAUUGAGAAUCCUUCACUCGCACCAGUCCAAAGCAAAGAAUAUCUCUAUUUCAACCAGCAGACGGGCAAGCACAACCAACAACCAACGGACGGCAUUCAGAUCCAGGAAAUGCCCGUGAGCUCCGCCAUCAUGUCUCCGUGGACCAAGCAAGUGGUGAUUCAUAACGGCAAGAUUCACUGUAAAGGAUGGGCGUAUUCAGGCGGUGGGAGAUGGCCGGAGCGUGUCGAACUGUCGGCCGAUGGGGGUUUCAGCUGGUAUGCAGUGCCCAACGCCAACCUCUCCAAGAAGGGCAAAUGGACGUGGAGGACGUGGUCGAUUGAUCUCCCCUGCGACGUGGAAGGCUGGAUCGAAAUCGUCUGUCGAUGCUGGGACAGCUCGUUGAAUACGCAACCCCUGACGGUCCGUGCGGCAUGGAAUUGGGGACUCCACGUCACGCAUUCAGCACACCGAAUCAGCGUCUAUAGUAUCAACAAGACUCGAGAGCGCACGGCAGAGAAGCUGAAGCAGUUCGAGGCCACCGGCUCGCCUUUGGCGCCUCUCACCUGGCCCGAGGAAUUCCCCACGCAGAGCUGGGAUGACUACAAGAAAUUCUGGGAGGAGAACGAGCCUCGGGACGUGGAUUGA